AAAUUGGCAUUUGCAUCAUCGAAAUAUCCUUCACCUACCACACAAUUCUUCAGCUGUUUGCGCAUUUGAGUCUCACCGGCGAUCAAAUCAAUAAAACAUGGGACACUCAAAUGUUUGGAACUCUCACCCCAAGACCUAUGGUCCUGGUUCCCGCACUUGUCGUGUGUGCGGGAAUUCACAUGGAUUGAUCAGGAAGUAUGGCCUUAUGUGCUGCAGGCAAUGCUUCCACAGCAAUGCCAAGGAAAUUGGCUUCAUUAAGUACCGUUGAAUGAAGAGCUAUUUUCUCUGCCCAGCCAAUCUUAGGUUUCGUCAUUAGAAUGUUGUGAGGUGGUUAUGUUUGAAGAAACUAUAUAAUUGUUUUUGCAUUUACUUUAUUUGUCAGACUUUAUAUUUUUGAAUUGAGGUUGAAACUCCUUUUUUAUAUAUACAUUGCCUUCUACUAUUGACUUCCCUAUCUGCGUUGUUCUAACUUCUCUAAAUCUACACAACCUUGAUUCACAAA